AUGCGCCGCCCAGACACUAGUCAUUCCCUUCUUUCUCCUGCAAUUUACGACAACGAUGCAUCUUCGUUGCGGUCGCCCUCCGAACAGGACUCUGAUCCCGACGAUGACGCCCUUCUCGAUCAGAACCGCAGCACCUUGGAAAUCGCAGAGCACGACCGGGCAGUGCUAGAAGAUGAGGAGGAGCUGGAGAAGCUUUUAAUACGCCGUGGCACUGGGCAAGCGGCGACAGCGGAGGGGUCACGUCGUGAGAGAGUUAGUGAGGAUGGGGAGCUAAUGUAUGAGAUGGAAGAGGGGAUUGGUGAUGAUAAUGCAUCCCUUUUGAGCGGAUCAUCGUUGGAUUUGGACAGCAAAGGUGAAUACACAUAUGAGCCGCCUCCACGGCCUUCGUGGCGAAAAAUAUUGUUUAUAAUUGCUCUGCUCGCCAUUCUCUUCGUCAUCCUCCUUCUUGGGGCGUAUAAAGCCUCGGGCGGUUCCCGGCUUUCAUGGGCACCUCCGGCCUUGCUCUCGAACGGCACAGCUCUCUUUGCGCCAACCACUAUAUUUAUCUCGCUCGACGGUUUCAGGGCUGACUUUCUCGAUCGUGGCCUGACUCCUGCGCUGAACUCCCUCGUCGCCAAUGGCGUUUCCCCGCAAUACAUGAACCCUAGCUUCCCGAGCGUCACAUUCCCAAAUCACUUCACACUUAUGACCGGACUCUACCCCGAAAGUCAUGGGAUUGUAGGAAACACAUUUUGGGACCCGAAUAUGAAGGAGGAAUUCUACUACACCCAUCCCACUGUGAGCAUGCAACCCAAGUGGUGGAUGGCAGAACCCCUCUGGGUUACAGCAGAAAAGCAGCGUGUGAGGACCGCCAUCCAUAUGUGGCCGGGGUCUGAGGCGCACAUUGGUGACAAGGAGCCAACCUUUUUGGACAAAUACAACGGGACGGAGGUCUUGUCUCGCAAGGUGGAUCGGAUCCUUGAGUUUUUGGAUCUCCCCGGUCUCGAGGAUGAAUCGCAGAUAGCACCUGAGAGGCCGCAGUUUAUCGUGGCUUACGUUCCUAACGUGGACCAGGACGGGCAUAAAUUUGGUCCUAACAGCACUGAGAUUCGAAAUACGAUUUCCGAAGCGGAUAACAUGAUCGCCAGCAUUAUGACUGGUCUUGAGCGACGCAAUCUCACAGAAGUCGUUAACAUCGUGGUUGUCUCAGACCACGGCAUGGCUACUACCUCUACAGAACGGCUAAUCCAGUUGGACGAUUUGAUUGAUUAUGAUCUAAUUGACCAUAUUGAUGGCUGGCCUUCUGCUGGUCUACGCCCUAAGCGCCCUGAGGAUCUGGCGACCCUCCGGAAACAAUUAGAGAAGGUAGCUCCCGAUUACGCGCAUGCUUUCGAAUUCUACACACGGGAGACAAUGCCCGAACGGUAUCACUUCUCGAACAAUGAACGCAUUGCGCCGUUGUGGGUGAUCCCUAAGACGGGGUGGGCUAUCGUCAAUCGGGGAGAGUUCGAUGUCAAAGAGGCUUUGAAGACCGGGAAGCGAUACAGUCCUAAUGGCAUCCACGGAUAUGACCAUGAGCAUCCAUUGAUGCGUGCAAUCUUUAUUGCGCGCGGCCCAGCCUUCCCGCAUAAGCCAAACAGCCGGGUGGAAGUUUUCCAAAACAUCGAGGUAUAUAACAUUGUCUGUGACUCUUUGGGUGUCGAACCCCUUCCAAGCAAUGGCACAUUACGACUCCCGCUGAAGUCAGUUGGCUUGCACUCGGAUGAGAACACACCGGUCUUGGAGACACCUCCGGAUCCUCCAUCUCAAACAUCAGCAACAGCAGGACCACCGGAACCGGUACCCCCACAGCCAUCACCUCCACAACCAUCGCCUCCACAACCAUCGCCCCCACAGCCAAAACCAGCACAGCCAAAACCAGCACAGCCAAAACCAGCACAGCCAAAACCAGCACAGCCAGCACCAAAACCCACUCCAGCAGCUGAGGCACCACCCGCCGCAGACCAUCAAAGUGGCGACGAACAUGGCUCAACGUGGUGGGGCACAUUUUGGCACAAAUUCGAUGACCUGAAGAACUGGGCUGGCGGCGUUGCUGAUGCUGUUCAGGGCAAGCACCCGGAGUCUGAGAGUUGA